AUGGACUUGGCGGCGCCUGUGCUGCUGCUGCUGCUGCUGUUCUUGCUCUGGCUGAGUGGCGCCCAAGGCGAGGCUUCAUCGUGGCCGUUUGUGGUGUGUCAUGCAGAAAAUGGGCCUUCUCCUGAGUUGAUGAUGAAGCACAGAUUCACACCGUCAGAUCUUUCUAAUCUCAGUGCCAAAAUCGUUGAAACAAAUGGGACAUGCCAGUUUAAUAUCACCUGGAUUCUUAAGGCAGAUGCCAGCAUCAAGUACCUGAAUGCCACCAAGAUAUGUGUGUCAUCUGGAAAACCAUCCUGUAUUAGAUGUGAUUACACUGAAAAGUUUCAAAGCCAAACCAGGUCUGAUCAUCAGAAAUGGCAGUUUCACUUUGUUGGAUUUCCUGUAGAAGAAAAUAAAGAAUACAUGAUUGAAGUUUUUAAUUUGCCACCAGCAAAUAUACUUGAAGAUCAUCCAGAAACCACAUUAUACUUAAGUUCUCCAGGUUGUCGAGAUGACAUCUUUAAAUAUUGUAACCUUUGCAUAGAAAAAGGAAGUUUAUGGGACCCAAAUAUAACUGUAUGCUACACAGAGUCAGAAGUGGAAGUGGAUUUUACACCUAGUCCCUUUUGUCCUGAAUAUAAAAUCCAUCUUUGUGAAUCUGAUGAAUGUGAUGAUCCAGCAGAUCCAACUGAUUAUAGUGUGUUUACAUCUGAGGGGAAUAAUACUAGAAUUUCUAAAAGAAUACCGGUGAAUGGUCAAAGAAGGAAAAUCUUCAGAGAGUUAAUUCCUUAUUUCCCCAAAUGUCGCAAUGAUUGCCGGAGGUACUCAGAUUAUCAAGAACUAUGUACUGAAGUACCUGGGAAAGGAAAAAGUGCAGGAGAUUUGACAGGCAUACAUUUUUGCAUAAUUGCUGCUUUAUUUCUGAUAGUAUGCACACUUGCAGCUAUAUUUUAUUUCAAGAGGAGGCACGGUACAGCAUACAACUGGGCUCUCUUCUAUCCUAUGGUGAAACAAACACCUGUUACAGUCCUUGUUGUAUAUUCCCAGGAUGCGUGUUUCCAACAUAAAGUCCUUGUUUUUGCUGAAUUUCUACGUGAAUGUUGCCACUGUGAUGUCAUAAUAGAUGUAUGGCAAAAAAGGAAAAUUGCUGAAACAGGACCAGUCCAGUGGCUUGCUGCUCAGAAAGAAAUUGCUGAUAAAAUAAUUUUUCUCAGCUCAAGCCAUACAAGCAUGGAUUGUGAUUCAGUUUGUCAAAGAACGAUUGAAUGCAACAAGAACUCUGAAUGUAUGUUCACUCUUGCACUGAACCUCUUCUGCAGUGACUUGAAAAAUCAAUCUUCUUUUCUCAAAUAUAUGGUCGUUUCUUUCAAUGAAACAUAUCCAGCUAAGAGUAUCUCAAAUCUUUUGAACAGCUGUCCAAAGUAUUUUCUAAUGAAGGAUAUGGACUCCUUUUGUAGAGACCUCUACCUUUCACCGAGUGAAAGAAUAAAGACAAAAUGCUGCUGGAGGUUUAAAGACAAAGUGCAGCUGGAGAUUUAAAAUGAAACACCUAAAACAAAUUACAAAUAUAGAAUUAUGGCCAGGGCAAGAAGAAUCAUGCAGCCCUUCAGAUGUUGCUGCACUGCAUCUCAUCAGUUUUAAUCAGUGUAGUUAUAGUGAAGAAUGCUGGGUGCUGUAGUGCAUUUGGAUGAAUGAAUGAAUAUAGCACCAAGACAUUAGACAAUAAAAACAAUGAAACCUCACAUCCACAUUCUGCUAUGAAUUAGCUUUGAGCCAUGGUUACUUUCACAUACCUCAUGCUUAAUGAUGACUUACUGCAAAUGCCCAUGGCAAAUCGAAUAUGUUUAUGUGAACUAUCUCCAGAUACUCUCCAACAUAUUAUAUUUCUUUGCCCGCUGUAUCAAAAACCGAGAGCGAAAUUACUAAAGAAACUAUUAGAAUUGAACUACUGUUUAACGGAUAUAACUCUAGUACAUUUAUUGGAGGAUUGUAAUGUACAGAUUACACGAUUGAUGGCCAAUUUUCUAAUGGAGGCAACAAAAAUCUGGCACAAAUUAAAUAAUGGUUAGAGUUUAGUGUUAGAUGAUUUUAAGGACGAUAAAAUUUUUAAAUUUUUAAAGUAUUUAUGUAACUAUUUUAGUUUAAUUUUGUAUUGUAUUGUUUGUUGUCUAUUGAGAUGCCUAAUAAAGGUUGAUAGAUGGAUACUUAGAUGAAGGUUCUGUACUGCAUGCAGAGACAACAUGUCCUCCUGUUCUGACACCUGUAGUAUCAUGGAAACACCUUUGGGUAAAGGGAAGAAAUGUUGACUUACCAUUCAGCAACUGAUUCAAUUAGUUUUAAGUUAGGAGUAGCAACCAGAUUUUGGCCUAUUAUUAGCCUUUAGGGGGUAUCUGCACUGAUUUUAAAGACCAGAAAGUCCUAGUUUUUGUUCUUUUUCUUUCUGAGUUUUUUUUUUGGGGGGGGGGGGAGGGAGCCAUAUGACAGUUGACGUAUCCCACUGUAUUUUUGGUUUGGUUUGUGUGAAUCUGAAAUCCUAGGAAAAAAUGCCACUUUGAAACAGAAAACUCAAGAUAUCUCAUUAUACAUAUAUGGAGGUACCAUUUGAAACAACAUAAACAAAAAGUCCUGGAUCUUUCAGUCAGUGUAGACAGGCCCUUAAAGUACUACAGUAAUUGCUUGGCUAUAAGGUAUCAAAUGGACCGUUCCUUUCAUGCUGAUGGGAACACCCUUCUCUUCUAAUGAUAUCUGAGAAGAAUAGUUGUUGCAGUAGGGAAUACACAAGAAUCUUCUACCUGCACCUAAAUUAGAGAAUCUAUACAUUUGGACUAUUUGAUCACCUCUAAAACUAAGCUUUUACAAUGGUUCUGCUAGGAGAUCAGUUUUCAAUAGCUGUAAUCUGUUUUUAGACUUACCGCUCUUUUUGAUUCUUAAAAAUUGUUUUUAUCAUUCUCUGUCUUAUAUUUGAAUAUUUUGUUUUAAAAAAUGUUAUAAGCCACCCUGCAUGCUGUGUUUGCAGUGAAGGCAAUAAGGUAAAUAAAAAUAAAUAAA